AUGGUCAGACUGUGCGGUUGUGAUUUCCACGAGAUUAAAGUUACCCCCUCACUUCAUCUCCCUCGGCUGAAGGAGCUCAAGCUCUGUGGUGUCGCUAUCUCGGAGGCGACCCUCCACUGCCUGCUCGCUGCCUCCACUGCGCUAGAGAACCUUCAGCUUGAUAACAUCCAGGGGCCCAGCUCCGUCCGGAUCAUCUCGUCCACUCUACGGAGUGUUGGUGUCGCUGGUUCUUACUCCUACGGUGAAGAGUCCCUGCUUCAGGAGCUUGUCAUUGAAGAUGCACCUUGCCUUGAGAGAUUGAUCACACUUGGUCCAUUUGGUGGCCCGAGGAUAGUCAGAGUCCUUGCGGCGUUGAAAUUGAUGGUGUUGGGCUGCUUGUCUAGCGAAAAUUUCAAAACUGUGAAUGGAGAAAUUCUGCAGGAAAUUGUCCCCACUAGCUUGACCACGUCGGGACGCACAGUGAAGGUUUUGAUUCUAGAAUCUAUCGGCCCCAAUCUAAAUGCAGUUGUUGGCUUCCUUAGAUGCUUUCCCUGUGUGGAGAAGCUAUACAUCCAGUCACGCCAUAGGAAGGAUAUGAAAAAUGUGUGCCAAUAUAGCACACUCGAUCCCAUCGAAUGCCUUGAACUCCAUCUCAGAGCAAUAGUUUUGAACACCUAUGAAGGCAAGAGAGCAGAUGUUAACUUUGCCAAGUUCUUUGUUCUGAACGCAAAGGUGCUCAAGGUAAUGAAAUUUGGUGCCAGUGGUACCUGCAAUGAUAAAUGGGUGGCUAAUCAGCGCAGGUGGCUACAACUGGAUAUCAGUGCUUCCAGAGGUGCAAGAUUUUAUUUUAAAAGAGAUUUUGAUAUCCCCAGCUUUUGCGAUCACUAUCACUUUCAUGGUAUGUGGACAGUUGAUCCCUUUGGUAGCUCGUAG